AUGGACGAUUGGGAAGAAGUGCAUCAUUGCGUCAAACAGAAAAUUGUUUCAAUCUCUGAUACCGGAAAUUACACAUGUUUCAUGAAAGAGACAAAAGACAUAGUGACAGAAGUGCGCUUGCUCGUAAUGCGAGCCAAAAUAGAUGAACCGAGAUUGCAAUUGAUCCUAUACUAUAACAAAACGACAAGGCCAGGACGACUUACCAUGGUUUGGGAGAUCUCAAACGUAAAGCAUGGUUUUGAAAGAGAGUACGUCAACCUUGAAAACCUUUAA